UGGCGUUCUUCCUCUUAGGGGCGAUGGCGGAGACUUCCCUCGAUACCUUGUCGGGGCAGGCAUCGUCGCUCAUGCAGGCGUCAGUGGUUUCCCGCCGCUUUCUUCUAUUGGUGAAGUUCGCAACUGAAGGUAUGUGCGCCGAAGCAUUGUCAAACCUGUCUCAGCUGGCGACUGCCUCCGGCGCCUUCAAGGCCGCGGCCGCCGUGCUUCAAACCAUCGUGGACGAAACGGAGCAAUCUGCGUUCCAUGCGAUCCUUCCGCAAAUGCUUCAGGUGCUAAGUGCAGUGUUGUCGGCUGGAGAGGAGCUGGAGGCCCAAGAAAUGCUCGAGUCCCUCGUCCAACUGGCCGACGUCUCGCCCUUGUUCUUCAGGACUAGUGUGGCGCCCUUGUCGGAGGCAAUGCUUGCGGUGGGCUCGGCGUCUCAGCUAGAGUUUUGCACCCGCGCCGCUGGUGUGGAGGUGCUUCUCAGUCUCGCCGAACGCGCGCCCGCGAUCAUGCGCCAGUGCCCCUCGAUCGCGUCGGGCGUGCUACCUCUCGCUAUGGCGUUGACUUGCGAGCUGGACGAGGACCAAACCGACUGGGUUGCCGGUCCGUACGAUGACGACGUAGAUCACGACGAAGAGGCUGCAUACGGCGUUGAGGCCAUGUGUCGAAUCAUUGCCGCUCUGCACGGCAAAGCCACGAUGCCAACGACCUUGCAGCUGGUGCCCGAGGAUCACCUGCCGUCCGUCGCCGAAGCUGCUAUCUCUGUCUUGAUGGACCCCAGCCCACGAGUGAGGUUCCAAGCGCUGCAGCUCACCGGAAGACUUAGCGAUCUAUACCCCGCAGACUUCCAGGGUGUAUACCACGAGAAGGUGGUCCCCGCGGUGUGCGGACUGGUGUCCGGACCCUCGCAGCCUGUCCGCGUCCGCGGGCACGCGGCAGCAGCCAUCGUCAACUUCGUCGACACGGAAGACGUCCCAGAGGAAGCCGUCACCCCGCACUUGGACGCUCUCCUUUCGGCCCUCUGCUCGUGCUUGAACGGGGGCGUGCCGCAGUCUGUUCAGUGCCGUGCCCUAACUGCGGUGGCGUGUGUGGCAAAGACGGCUGAAGCGAAGUUCGGCAAGUACUACGACUCGUUUAUCCCGGGCAUCAAGGAGAUCGUCCUGGCGGCCGCCCCCAAGGCUGGCACCGAUCCUCAGGCCAUGGAAUGCGCAGGGAUGAUUGGAGAGGCGGUGGGCAGGGCCCGCUUCAAGUCUGAUGGAUUGGCGAUGAUGAGUACUCUCAUGGAGCGACUCGGGAAGGGUGGCGUGGAUGGGCAAAGCCAGUUUAUCUUCGAGCACGUGGCCCCCGCGUGCGGCAAUCUGUGCCGCGCACUGGGAGAGGACUUCGCCAUGUUCCUGCCCGUGGUACUGCCUCCUCUCUUCGCGGCUCUUGAGGAGGAGGUGAAGUUCAGCAUGGAGGCGGCAGACCCGGAUGACGACGGGGAGGAGUGCGUCACGGAUGAACAGACCGGCACACAGACAGCUGUCCUGAACAUCCGAGGCCUGGGUGCGCAGCGCGUCACCCUCAGCACGUUCGCCAUCGUGAGCAAGCAAACCGCUGCACGGCUAUUGUUUGAGUACGCCGGUGCCCUGGAAGGAGCGUUUCUCCCCCACGUACCGGCCUCCGCCUCGGCUCUCAUCCCAGCGGUCACUUUCCGGUUCAACGAGGAAGUCCGCUCUGCCGCCGCCCUGGCCUUGGCUAAGGCAGAUGUGUCGAUGGCGUCUCAGCUGCUCUCUCCUUGCAUCACCGUGCUUCUGGAGGGUCUGCAGGGGGAGUCCCAGGACGAGGCACGCACCUGCAUGUCGAGCGCGCUACGAGAUGUCCUGUGCGCUUGCUACGAGAGCGGUGGUACGGACGAAGCCACCGGAUCGCAACUAUCACCCAAGAUGCAGCACCCUAAACACGGCGGUCUUAACUCCGUCUCCCGCCGAAACUUCCCUAUCCAGGCGCCCAUGGAGGCAGCUGCCGCCAUUUCAGAACAGCUCGUGGUGCGAGUCAAGGCAAGCUUGGAGCGCCGCGUUGCAAAGGAGGCUGAGUUCGAGGGCGAGGGUGCCUGGGACGAGGAAGACAACGAUCUCCUCGAGGAACAGAUCGCGCCGGAAGAGGAAGUGAUGGAGCACCUCGUAGACUCGCUGGGUUAUCUCCUCAAGGGGCACGGCCCUGCCUACCUCAAUGUAUUCGACACGGUCACCGCUCCUGUCUUCGGUGCGUUGCUAGAGAGCUCGCAGCCCGUGUCCCUGAGGUGGAAUGCCGUCUGUGUAUUCGACGACUGCGUCGAGCACUGCGGAGAGGGGGCGCACAAGUACCUCCCUGCUUGCUUCCCUGCAUUCAUGGCAGGAAUGAUGGAGAUGGCAUCGGUGUACGGCGUGCAGCAAACUGCCAAGCACGCGCCUGCUUUCAUUCUGCCGAGGGUGGCGGAGGUCGUACGGCACCUCGUGCACCUCAUCAACCGUCCUGAUGCGAAGGACGAAGACAGCCUCCUAGUCACCGAAAACGCCGUCGCAGCUCUCGGGACGUUGUGCGUGUCGCCCGCGCUGUCCUCGGCAGUGGAUCGAUCGCAGCUUCUUCCGCUCUGGUUGUCCCACCUCCCUCUCAAGGAGGAUGAGACGGAGGCCCGCGUCGUCCACAGAACGCUCUGUGAGCUUGUGGAGCAGCAAGACCCAAGUCUGCUCGGUAGCAACCUGGGGAAGGUUUCUCUCGUGGUCAGCGUACUGGGUCAGAUCCUGGAAGCGUGCUUGCUCGACCCGGACUUGGCAAUCGUGGAUGCUACAACGGGUCGUCGCAUGGGUCGCAUCCUUAACGGAAUGCAAACGUCUUACCCUACGCAAGUAAUGGAGAAGGCCUGGGGAGGCUUGACGCAAGGACAAAAGGCUGCCAUCCAACAGGCGUGUUCCUGACCCAUGAUCACUACUGCUGUGG